UAAGAAUAUUAGUAACAAGAAAAACCCAUUCGUUCUUCCAAUUAGAUUAGACAAGUUUAAUACUUGAAACUUAAUCAAAUUGGUAGUUUGAUACUGCUUGCGCGGCAGCUUUGUUCACGUUUUUGUCUCCUACCAUAACGCUUCGAGAUAUAUAGUGUUAUGCGCCGAUACCAAAUCCUGCAGAAAAUCGGCAAAUUAAUUAAAAACUUGGCCCACAAAAGAUCCAACUGCACAAGGUUGAUUAUGAGGUUAGCAACACAGAAAACUGCAAUCCUAGAAGAAGAAGAAGAUCAUCCCAAGUCGAGUUUAACGACAUGGCAAGUGUGGAGUUUGUUCACACUUGGAGUUUUGAUGAUUCUUUUACUGGCAGGUCUCAUACUGAAAUGGAGACGAAGAAAAGAAAGCAAUUGCAAGGAGGAUGAAUCAUCAACCAAAGAUAUGGAGAUGAUGAUGAAGCCUUCGGAGCUGGUGUUUUUUGUGGAGCAGGAGGAAUGGUUCAAGGUGGAGGAGCUUCUAGAAGGGGUGGCUGAGCUCCGCACGCAGGGCUUCUGCAGCAGCCUAUACGUGGUCCGCCUCAACAACGGCGCCGUCUACGCCGUCAAGCGACUCAGGAGACUCAAGGUCUCCUUGGACGAGUUCGGACACACGAUGAGGAUGGUAGGAAAGUUGAGGCAUCCCAAUCUUCUCCCUCUUGUUUCCUUCAACAGUACUCCUCAAGAGAAGCUUCUCGUCUACACAUUUCAAACCAAUGGGAGCCUGCUAGACCUCUUUCAAAGCUACAGUGAAGGCAAGAGGGCAUUCCCAUGGAGGCUUCGGCUGCGGAUAGCAGAGGGUAUAGCAAGAGGGUUGAAAUUCAUCCAUGAUCAAGAGGAGAUCAUCUCUCAUCAUGGGAUCAUCAAACCCUCCAACAUCAUGCUCGGCCACGACCACCACCCCCUCAUAAGUGAGUAUGGAUACGCUAAGUUUGUGGACACGGCUCCCUCCAUGAAGGGCUACGCGGCGCCGGACACGGAAAAGGCCGAUGUGUACAGCUUGGGCGUGAUCCUGCUGGAGCUGCUCACCGGGAAAUUCGUCGGCCUAGACCUUCCGAGGUGGGUGACGACGGGAGAGGUACUGUUCGACAAGGACUUGUCGGAUGUUCAAAUGUAUGCCUUCCCGCUGCUCAACGUCUCUCUCAAAUGCGUGGCGCGCACCUCCCACGACAGGCCCGCCGUCGCCGAGGUUCUUCACAAGAUUGAAGAGCUUGUCCGAGCUCAACAAGAAGAUGCAUAAUCAUAUGUUGAUACAAUCUUCCAUGUGGAACAAGCAAGGCUUUAAUAAUUUCAUACAAGGGUGGUGAUUAGAUUAAUUGGGCCAAAACUUGAUUAAUGUGGAAAUAAAUGAGUGUGUAACCACUAACUAGAGUAUGCAUAUAUACCUAACUUUCUUUUUUAA